GAAAUUGUCAAGUGGGAAAUUUAGGGGAAAUUUAUGUUCUUCUCGGAUUCUCUUACCUUUUCAGGAAGAAAGCGGGGAUGAAAAGCUUUCUGUUCUUCCUAGGCACACCAAAGUUAUUGUAACAGGAAACAACAGAACAACAGAACAAGGUGUCGUCAAGAAGGCUGUUGGUCUUGGUGGUUGGCAUUGGCUGGUUGGUGAUGAUAUACAGAUGAUGAUCCAAGUUAGGUUUUUUUUCCAAUCAAUUUGUUUCGUAUGAAUAAAAAUUUCAGCAUCGACAACCACCCUCCCUUCGAACUCGCACUCGCAAGAUCAGUUUAUGGCUAUGUCUGGUUUGUCUAUAUGGUUGCAACACCACCACCGCUGCUCAUCAUCACCACUGCCGCUGUUGAUGCAAAACCCACUUCAUGCUCAAACAGAAUGUGUUCAAGGAAAGCUUCAAAUCUGGCCAUAGAGCAAAUGAAGAUGUUCACUUGAUAGUGAGGAAAUCUCCAGUCCUCGAUUUCUGCCUCUCGAACUCGGCUCGCAAGGAAAUUUCAACAUUGUCGAGGAAGCAUCAUUGUAUCAGUGAAGUUUCGGUUCAGUUCUUAUCCUCGAGACAGUACUUUAACUCAUUGCAGAGUGAAUGCUUUUCUGCUUGUUUCCAAUCCGAUGUAAAUAUGGUCAUUUCAGCACCAACGGGAAGUGGAAAAACAAUAUUUUUUGAGCUUUGCAUUUUGAGACUGCUCUCAAGGUUCAUCUCUACAGAGGGAAGAUUUAUUUACUUAAAGCGAAUGCUUAAAACAGUAGGCUUUCAACAAUUUUGUAUAUGA